AUGGAUAUCGACGAACAAGGGCAACCAGGAGAAAACUGCAUGAGCCCUUUGAUUAAGUAUUUGAGAGACGAAAUCAUGCCUACUGAAAAGAAAGAGGUCCAGCAGCUACAACGACGAGCAGCUGAAUAUGUUGAAGCAGUCAACAAAAUCAUCAAGAGAACUCUGAAAACCAGAUUAGAAAAGCUCAAAGGGUUGUGGGCAGAGGAACUUCCCAAUGCAUUAUGGGCCUACAGAACAACAUCUUGUACUUCGACGAAAGAAACGCCGUUUUCACUAUCAUUUGGCUCUAAAGCAAUGGUGCCAGUGGAAAUUGGUCUCCCUUCCCCAAGGGUGGAGCAGAUCAGACUACCCAACAACAAUGAGUCCGUGCAGCUCAGCCUCGACCUAUUAGAAGAACAUCGAGAAACAGCACGACUACGAACGGCUGAGUACAAAAAUCGUAUAGCUCGAUACUACAACUCGAAGGUUAAGAAGCGUGACUUUAAGGAAGGUGAUUUAGUGCUAAGAAAGAUUAUGCCUAAUACCAAAGAUUCAACUAGCGGGGCAUUCAGGCCAACAUGGGAGGGCCCAUACAAAGUCACUAAAGUGGUUCGAACAGGCACUUAUGCUCUAGAAGACCAACAGGGGAAGGCUUUACUACACCCAUGGCAUGCUCAGCACCUCAAAAGAUACUACCACUAG